GAAAGCAAUCCACAGUCAUCUGACCGGCUGUUUCGUCGUACUCAGGGACAGGAAAGAUUUAUAACGUGCUGAAGUGAUGAAUUCCUACCUUGUCUUAGUUUGCAGCAUUUGUAUUUCCUUCAGUUGGACUGGUCUGUCGAAGUUGGUUCACAAAGGUAAUCUCUGAUAGUGAGUCUAAUGAUUACAUAAAACCAAAAACUAAUUCAACAGUCUUUAGUAUCGAAUAAAAUUUAAGGCAAGGUAGGAGAACAUAAACAUUAUGUUCCUCAAGCUGUAUGAUGAGUUAUAGUACCCGCUCAGUAAUUUCUAGAGUUUUGUCUGGCACUGUUCUUCGCUCACGCACCUGUUACUCUUGCAGUUAGAGUGUGGGCUACUUGGAUAAAACGUAACUUAGACCGCGGGUUAAGAUAAUUGUUAAGGCAACAUUUUUUUUUUGUAAGUCGUUUAUUUUACACAGAUUAUAAACGAACAAUGGAUGAGCCAAAUCCAAAAUAAGCUAGUACAGUUUGUGCAACACUGCCUUAACUAAACUAAAUCAGGACAGAAAGCUAAGUAACAGAAUACAGUAAAAACAAAGUCGGCUCUUAUAUAACAGUAAGCAGUAAGAGACACAAAACAAGUUGCAUUAUUGUUAUUCAAAACUAGGCUCUUUACUUAAGUAAAACAUAGUACUACAUGUAUUUCAGAUUAAUGCUUAGCUUAAUUUAUGGAUCUUAGUGGACUGUGUUAAAAGCUCAUCAAUUAAUUCCAGUAGCUAGUUUUGGAUGACAUAAAUGCAGGGAAAUUCUUGUAUAUGCUGCCUACCAUGACCGUUUUGAAUACACUGUUCGCGGCAUUUUACAAGAAUCGCACCUGGUCUUUUCGUAGGUUACAUCAUAGUUAAUUGAGUGGAAUGGUUAUGAAACCCGUCAGACUCCUUUGUUAUAUGUUUUUGUGGACCUGAAAGUGCACAACGUUCAAAAGAAUUCCUAUCAUUUUGAUUGUAUUGACCAAUAAAAACGUUGCAUUAAUUUAUUCCGUAACAAUUUGCCAACAGAAAACAAAGGAUUGUGCACUUUCACGGUGCUUUGAACAUGAACUGCAGCACUGUUGUUUUUAUCAUUGAUGUUUGCCGCUUUUCAUAACCAGUCUCCUCUAAUAACUAUGGUUACAUGAUGACAAAUAAUAAUAGGAUUUUAUGGCGAUGCAUUAAUUAAGGCAAAGGCCUCCAGGGUCCAAGCUAUCGGAAUCUUUCAGCGAAUACGUAAUCUCAAAUACAAUGCCUUUUGACACAGAUAAAAGACAACAUAUAUUUUUAGAUUAAUUAGUUUCGAAUGUUUAAACUCGCAGUCUUGAUGCAAUACUUCUUUUUUUUAAAUUGUAAAAUAGUUUUGAAUACUUUCAGUCUAUAAUUGACCUGAGUGACACUGAAAAGUCGACAGAAAAAAAAACCCUACAGACGUCCGUAUGUCUUAUUCGUUCAGAAAAUUAAUAGUUUUCUCGUGGGACCAACAACAAUUUAUACAUCAAUCAAUAAAAUAAUACGGUAUUUUUUUCUCAUUUAUCUUUGUUUAUUUCUCAUCUAAGAGAGAAGGAAAUAAAAUUUGAAAUCAUUUUUCUCUAACUCUCCCCCCCUUUUUCUCACCCACGCAAUUACAUUAACGAUGAAGCCAAAAAAUAAUUACGUAAAUCCUUUAUUAAGGCUCGGCCGGGGGAGGGGGUGGGGGGGUAUUUGAGAGCGAGGGCUUAUUUAAUGUAGCAAAAACAAUGGUAUAAGUGCUCCAUGAAGAACUAAAAUAUACGGUGGAAAAGCUAAAGUACAAGAAGUCAAAGGUCUGAUACAGGCGAGGAUCAAAAACAAAUCCGAACUUCCAGUUGUUGAAUAAACUAUCCUGGCUCAGUCCAAAUGAAGUUUUACAGUCGUGAUUGAUUCAGUACAGUCUAUCAUAAAUUAUUGAAGAAAAAUAAGGGGGAGGGGGAGAGGGCUUAAAAGAUAGGGGGGAUUAAAUUUCUUCCCCUAAAAACUGGGGAGCUUGUUAGAGAGAGGGAGGGGGUGGGGGGCUUAAUUAAGUGUAUUUACGGUAAUGAACACUCACUAGGCCUGAGUUUUUCCGCUUUCAUUCAAAAGCUUGCUUAGAAACAGUGGCAAGAGGGAAACUUCUUAUCAGGCAGCAAGUAAACAUUUAGCAAACUAUUUCUUGCUAUUCCCGAUCUUUUGCUAUUCGGCAUGUACAAGCGCCCGUGUAUUGUUCCAGUAGCCUCGAUCUUGCAGUCUUUUAUACGAGAACCUAUGUAUAAGAAAAGUGAAAUAACUUUCAAAAGCAAUUGAAUAACUCAAGCUGGUGUUUAAUGCAAGGCAAAAAUAAUUUAAUAAGGAUUAAAUAUCAUGUUCUAAAGGAGCAAUUUAAAUCAACAAAAGCAAGAGAAGUGAAUAAGCCUUUGUUUGGCCGUUUAAAUAUUUCUAGUCAGACAUGAACCAACAACUCCAUUAUGGUCGACUGAUCAUAUGUUGUGUCGAGACCUGUUAAGCAGCUUUUUAUGCAUUAAAUUUUAUUGAAAUAUUCCAGCGUGCAAUUAAAGGACAUUUUCGGCAAGUUUAAAGAUUGUCCUGUUCAACUGCCUAGCUAGAAAACUUAAGUAGACAUUCUUAUAAGGAAAAUAAAAUAGAAUAGUACGUCACUUGGGGUACUAUACUUACGUCAUUAGUUCAUUUUUGCUCGCAUAAAGGCUCGGAAAGUCAAUAAGUAUUUUGACAAAACGUGCGUGAAAUUUUUUCCGAUCGUAAUUUCACUUGUCAACAUUUGAUUAAACAUACCUAAGACCUAACAAAACGAUUAGUCAUUAUAUUUGAAAGUGAAUUAUUAAAGAUACACAAUGGCCCAAGUUUUCCGCAUGCACAAGAACAAUUAAAGAACGAAACUUAGACGAAAAUAAUUCUGUAAGAGGCGAGGUACGGUGUUUUUCUGCAUGCAGUUGAUGAUAACAAUAAGCUCAUUCUCGAUCUCUUGAUUAAAAUAAGCAGGGGCCUGGACGUCAACCGGGUAUUUUUUAUUUAACUUCUUGAAUACGAACAUAGUCGACACUGCCCGUUAUGAAUCAAUUUACAGUCAUGAGGGUCACUAUUGAAGACUGUAUUAAUUUGCAUUAGACAUCAAGUUUGUCAGUCAAUCAAUGGUCUUUGAAUUGGAAACAAAAUAAAACAAAACAAAUAAAUAAAGCAAAAGGACCCUCUAUUAUUUAAUUCCACGCAGUACAAGUUCCUUUCAAAGGGCUUUAAAUAAUAUACUAGUUUGCUUGACCUUUAGCGAGCAUUUUUGUUCUUUGUAGUCUUCAAGGCACAUAAAUUAAAAUUAAGUCUUUUCUGAUUGAUCUUCAGUCAAUUAAUUCGUUUGUGUUGAGAGUAGAAGACGCAACACUGGAAACAUCCAGUUUCAGUCAACAACAUUCAUGUGGAUCAGGAACGCCGGGGCGCCCUGUGGUUUGGUUGAACCGCGCUUUGUUGUAAAAUAUCGCAAACAAAGAAUUACGCUUGAGUUCUUCUAUGUUAGCAGUUAAUUUCUUCGUCUCCGCUGCCAUUUCGGGUGAUUAGAACACAGAGCUAGCUAAAAAGAAAUGAAAAUUUCACCGAAAAUUCCCACUUUCCACUUUUUGGCAGAUUUUAGCAAUCUCUAGGAAUCCACUAACAGAGAGAGAGAGAAAGAGAGAGAGAAAGUAUAUCUAUAUUGCAUGACAUUUGCCCUGGUAGUAGGUGGGUUUAACAUUUAGGGCUUUCAUGUCGUUAAAUUAAUGACGUCAUGGUUUCUUGCAGACGUCAACCCUUGUAAAUCAAACAACCACAAGGUGCUCUCCGAGCCUGAUCGGGCGGCAGGGUUUAUAAUAAUCGACCAGCCGCGCAGCGACAAAGAUGAGUUCAACAAGUCAACAGCUUGGUAUCGGUUUAAUGGCAGUGCUGGCGAUCGAAUGGCAAACCGUUGCGUUCCUUACAAACACUGUGGUACUGAGGCCACUGGCUGGCUGAAUGGUCCUCAUCCUUCUAAGAAAGAAGGCAUUGUUAAUCGCACCGUGUGCUUUCGAUCAGGGUAUGACUGCUGUUUUUGGAGCGUCCAAGUGAAAGUUCAAAACUGCAGUGGCUUCUAUGUGUAUCAACUGAAAAGAAACGUCCCUGGAGAUUGCGGUAAUGGAAAAGGUACUGAAAAGUUCACUCUGAUAUUAAGUAAACGCUUAUAACUUUUUUUCAUUUGGGUAAAUCGCCCCAUGUAAGGGAAUCCAAAACAGUCUUAGAUUCUCGAUUCCCGGCUGUGGAUUCCACAUUUCAGGUACUGGAUUCCAGUCAGUGGAACAUGGGUUCUGGAUUCCAAUAGUCAGUGGGAUUCCGGAUUCGUUUAACUGUAUUCCGGAUUACAAAGCCCAGGAUUCCUGAUUUCAAAAGAAAAAACUUCCCACUGGUAGCGAAAAUUUAUCCGAUUCCAGAAUCCAGAUUGCUUACCUUAAGAUUGAACUUUAGGAAAUGUUACUUAUCUUUGACAAAAAAGGCGAUUUGGAUUAACCGCGACAAAAUUUGAGUGAUGACGAGGAAGCGUUCCAUUAGUAACGUUUUGCUGCCAUACAUCACACUAGUUGCAUGUAACUAAAGCUUUAUGUUCUCUCUUCUAGAGCCUGAUCCAUGCGACAGGCGAUUUUAUAAGGUGCUAGAUGAAGACGAUAGAGCAAGAGGAUUCGUCACCGGAAGUGUCAUCAAAUGUGAUUUAGAAUCCGAAGAUGCAGUGAUGUACAACAGGUGGAGUCGAUUUAACGGCUCCGCAGGGGUUGCCAUGCCAACCAAAUGUGUUGAUAAAAUGCGGUGUGGAGCGGAGGCUCCCGGAUGGCUGCGCGAUAAACAUCCCAAAGUGAAUCAAGGUGUGGUCACACGAAAAGUUUGUUAUCACUGGGGCGGUGAUUGCUGCUUCUACAAAAAUGACAUUCAAGUCAAAAACUGUGGUGACUUCUUUGUUUACAAGUUUGAGAAGCCGCCGGCGAGUUAUCUGCGGUAUUGCGGCAAUGGCAAAGGUAAUCAUAUAUUGUAUAUUCAAAUGGACUCCGUUACAGUUAUAACGAAAUCUGUAUUGAUGACAGUUGUUACCACUGAGAUGGGGCGAAAUUUUUUUAUCAAGGUCAAAAUAGCAAAGUCAAACUGAUAUCAAGUUGAUUCAACGUUAUUGCUUUAUCUUUAGGUCCUUCGAAAAGCAGUAAUCCUGAUACUUGUGAGGCUGAAGUUGAGUCAGUUGAUUAUGAAGGUAAGAUUUAGCGCAGGACUGUGAUCACAACGAAGAUGGCGCGACUAGAGUGUUCACAUUCCUCUAUUAAUAUUGUUGUUGUUUUUGUUGUUGUUGACGAUAAACGCACGGACUGCAUGAGCUACAUCUUUCUAGUUUCAGCGUAGAGAGGCGGUCUAUAGCGGGCGGCGGAGCAGGGGGUCGGGGUUCCGUAGCCCCUCCAAACAAAAAUUUGAGCGUCCCCCCGCCGCGGCCGAAAAACGCCCAAAAAACACUUUUACAGAUCUAUUUGACAAUACCUGUAACAUCGGGACUUAAGAGCGCACAUUUUCUGCCCUCAGACGACUCAAGAACUCCCUAAGAAGCACCAUAAAGCAGGACCAGCUGAACAACUGCCCAUACUGAAUCAUGGUCACAAAUUGAUUACGGACAUACUUGACACUGUGAAGUCAACCUCUUUCCCAGGUUUAGGAGAGAAACCUGGGGACGAGGUUGACUGUGAAGAUUGGAGAGACAUUUGCUUGUGCCAACAAACGACGCAAAGGGCAUUUUGGAAAAUCUGAGUAGGGGAAUGUGGCUGAGUUUCAAAACAUCAGUCCGCCUCCUCUGCCACAUGAUCACUUUAAACCCACACUUUUAAAAAUAGCUGUAUGCAUUGAAGGAGAGCUUGCGAACAAAAAUGUCUGGUUCUUAACACACAGACUGGAUGAAGAGUUGAUCAUGAGUUGUCCACUAAGGUACUGGUGAUGACGACUAAUACAUAUACUUUUGGUAUUUAAGUGCAUUAACUAAUCCUUGCCUGUUACCUUGUGCUGUGAGGAGCUGGCAUUUACUGGUGCCUGCUUCGCACUCUCCUUGGCAAUAAAAGGCCUCUGAACUCCGCUUUGACCCUACAGUCUGGUCUGACGGCUAUGCCAUACUUAUGAGCCCUAAUACCGCUGUCACUUCCUGGGUGAUAUAGCUGUGCGCAUGCGUUUGGUAGUAGCCAGACCGUGGUUUGCUGUACAAACGUGUGUCACUGGCUUCGAAGUUCGUUUUGUUGUCUUGCGUGAUAUACAUGAUAUUUGGUAGAAAAUGCAUUGUUUGUCUCGUAGAAAACCCUUGUUUAACUGGUGAAUACAUCGAGCUGUCUGAGAAGGACCGCGCGGCUGGAUAUUUAGCUACAGGCCGUGAAAGGUGCGAUGGAAGCAAGUUCGCUAAAAAGGAAGCGUGGUAUCGUUUUACUGGGAACGCAGGUUGCAGAAUGGCUGAGGGAUGUGUUCCUGGGAAACACUGCAGCAGUGGAGCUGCAGGCUGGUUGAAUGGAUCUCAUCCUCGAGACGAGGACGAAGGAGCAGUAAACAGAACAGUCUGCUUUCGCUGGAAGGACGACUGCUGCAAGAGGAAGAUUCAAAUCAAAGUUCGCAAAUGUGCCGGGAAUUUCUUCCUCUAUUUGCUGAAGCGAAACCCAUGGAAAAAGGUCUCCUGUAGUUACCGUUAUUGUGGCAACGGAGAAGGUAAGGAUCGCACAAAAUCAAGUAACCUGCGAGUAAACUCCUCAUUCGCCAUUUGCCCCCUAAAAUUUUGCCUAAUCGUUGUCUUCAAUUUCUCUUGGGGCGACUGAAACACCCACUGGAAAAAAAAAGGUUAUGCAAAAGUUUGGUGGUGGUGGUGGGGACGUGUCCCUUACGGCUCGCUUCGUUUGCCAAAAAUGGCUGCUCUUAGGCUAAAAAUCAAGUUGUCAAGUAUGGUGCUUUCUCGAAAAACUUUUCUUGCUAAGCAUUUAGAGAAGUGUUGACCCAUUGAUGAUUGUUUUUCUUUCAGCAUAGAACUAAUUAACAAAGCAAUAGAUUUAUGCUUAAUAUUCAUCUUUCUUUGCAUUACAAGUACUUCAAAAGAAGAAAUAAAAACGCUCAUUAAGUUUUUUCCUGGCUCUGUAUUUUCAGGGCCACCACACAUAAGAAAAGUUCCAACGACAAAAGGUAAGUAAAUUGUUGUAGGAGAAACAAAAACAGUACAAAAAUCGAUUAUCUUUUUAGGCGAAGUAACUCAUUCGUCUUUAUAUAAAAUGUCCCUUACCCGUUAGAUUAUAAUUAUUCAGUAAAAGGGAAGCAAGUGAUUUGAUCGCCUUCUACCAGGAAGAGGACAAAGGUGUAGAAUUUGCCGGAAGAUAUUUUGCCGAAAAGCGUAGCACUCUACGUUGUUAACCUCAAGUUUUCUCUUUCACUACAUCAAUUUUUACGGCCUACGCCUACAAAAACGCCAUCGACGGCGGAAGGUAAGAUAAGAAGUGUUUUUAACUUUAACGGGGUUAGCUGAUGUCAAUUACCUCUCACCCGAGGUACCUGUUUCGUCUAUAGUUCCUUCCGGUCUCAUAUAGUCUGGGUAGCAGGCGUCGAAACGAGUUAGCCUGUGCCUGUUCCAGGCGUUCAGAUAGUGGGGAGCGGUGCGAAGUGAAAAGGAGCGCGAAAAAAAUAAAAGCGAACAGUCCCCCUCUACUUUUUAUCGCUUUCUUUACUUCGCACCGCUCUCCACUAUCUGAACGCUUGAAACAGGCUAAAACGAGUAGGGGGUUGGGACGAAGGGAGAAAAAGGAGGGCAGUUAUAUGCGGAAAAGAUUUUCAAAAUAAAAGCAUUUUCUCGCUGUCCUAAGCUUUGUUUUUCUCCGUCAAACUUUACAAAAACGCUUUGACGGCGAAAGGUAAGACAAGUGAAUUUUGUAUCUUUUAAAAAGGAGUAACGCCGCUGCUAAGCAGCCUUUAACAUGUUUAAGUUACUCUGUUUCAUUUGUUGUUCCUUUUUUCAUAGGGAGGAAUCGGGAAGACUUUAUUUUGCUGAAAAAAAAAUAGCACUUUAAUUUUCACUGUGAAGUUCUAAAAGUUUUCUUUUUACCGUCAUUUUCUUAGGGCCCACGUCUACGAAAGCGCCACCGACGAAAGGUAAAAUAAACAAAGUUUUCUCGAUAUUAUAUGAUGCUGUUCACAGCAUCCUUAGUUCAGAUAAUACAUUGUAUGCAAGAAAGAUUUGUUUCAGCCCUAAAAAUGGGGCCGUUUCUGUAAAUAAAAUACAGUCCUAUUUUUCAGUCUCAUUUGGCUCAUUUAUAAUCAGGGCCAGUACAUUCCAGGUACCUGGGGCUGAUUUAGACCCAAGGGCUGAAAUGGGCCCAGCGUGGGCUGGAAUAACCUUUCGAAUGGCCUGUCUUGGCUUCAAUUGUGCUCAAAUGGCUUCAGGAGGGGCUGAAUCAGACUUUGGCCUGUGGGGCUGAAUUGACACUUUGGGGCUGAAACAGAUCUUUUUAAUUUUAAGUGUAAUUCCCGUUAUGUGUAGGGAGGCUCAAAGAGAAACGGAAAGCGGACAAAGUAGAAACGAUCGAUAGUGCUGUGACUGGUGUGAUGCUACCUAUCUAGCAACGUCUUUAUUGAGAUAUCUGAAAUGUGAUUAUUUUUUCUCCGUUACAGUCUCUGUCAGACCUUCUCAGCCUCACACGCCUCCUCAACAAGGUAAUAAAAUAGAUGUAAUGACCAGUUUUCUUUUUCCUCGUCUGCCAAUCAUAUCAAAGGUCAACGAGAAGAAGGGCUGAGUUCAGCCGAACUGGUUCAUCUAUUACAUACUAACCCUAGCCCAACAAACAUUAGGAUAUGCAAUGGGAAAAUCAUCCCAAAUUUGGCACUUAGCGUCCGGAGGCUGGGGUCUUCGGUUAAUCAACUUUUUAGCUCAUACGAGGGAAGCCCCUUGCAGACUCACACGCGGAUCGAAUAAUAGGAAGGGAAGGCUGAAAAACUCGCAGUUAUAGCGAAUUUUGCUCAUGCGUAGAUAUAUGACUGUCUAAAAUGAGAUUUUUGCCUUCCUUCGCCUCUCUUCUCUUCGUAAUUUUUUACAGCAACUUUUCCUUUACUAUUUACAGAAGAAGUUGAUGUCAAAUGUGGAAAGAAUGAAAUGUGGAUCAGCAUUCCGAAAUACAUUCUUCACGGCCUUGAUCGAGAACACCUUCGCCUUGCUGAUGAAAAAUGUACAGCCACCGAGACGAAAACACACUUCAUACUACACACAAAUUUGACCGACUGCCACACAAGAAAAAGGCACACCAAAAAUUUCGUUUGCUACAUGAACACGGUAUUAGAAAUCCCAGUAGCGCCAAAUCAGAUUAUCACACGGGUGCGUGAGGUGGAAAUACCAUUUAGCUGUUACUACUCAAACAUGGGCGUCGUCUCCGCCGUUGGCCUCAAAGUUCAAAGCAAGAAGAUCAUCUUCUCUAAGAAAGGCUUUGGAAAAUUCGUGUUGGAAAUGAAAAUAUUUCCAAACAACAAGUUUAUCUUUCCUUACAGGAAGGAAGAUUUCCCCAUAUAUGUGCCUCUGAGGAAAGUCUUGUUUAUUGAAGUCAGUGUAGACUCGAAAGACACCAGAUUGGCAGUUUUGGCAGAGGAGUGCUUUGCUACACCAGAUCCUAAUCCGAAUAAACCUGGAUUGAGAUACACAUUCAUCAAGAAUGGGUUUGUUAAAUCUCUAACACUAAUUUACUUGAUGUGAAGUAUAUGUGAAAUAAUUCAUUUUUGAACAGCGGUUGUAGAUGAAAGGGAAGAAUGAUCAUCGCAGUAAAUUUUCCAAUUUAAGCAACUGGAAAGAAGAACUUUCAUCUACAACCGCAGUUCAAAAAUGAAUUAUUUCAUAUAUACUUCACAUCAUUUCACUCCUCACGGGAGAUAUGAACUCAAUAAAUUGACCUCACUCCCAAUAUGUUGCUUCAUAGCUCAGUUGGUAGAGCAACGCACCGGUAACGCGGAGGUCACGGGAUCCCGUUGAAGCCCUGAUUUUUUUUUUCCAGGCUUCUUCUUUCCAAUUGCUUAAAUUGGAAAAUUUACUGCGAUGAUCAUUCUUCACUUUCACUAAUUUACUUAUUAACUUACGUAGCAGGAACUGGCUUAUACUAAGUGUUUUUGACACGGAGAACAAUUACACGCUACAGUACCGCGCGUAAAGUAGUGUAAGGACAAUUAAAGCUGUCUCUUGGGUGGGACAUUUAGAACGACUUGUGAUCUUACCCUAUUAUAAAAUUGUGCUACCGCCAGUUUAUAAGCUUAAAUCAACUCUGUGUGAUAACGGCACUUCUCCCUUACUAUCAGAGUGACUACCAUUUUAACAAAGAAGUAUGCAUUGUUCAUUUGCCGUUUUUCGUAAAGCAGGAACCACUUGCAUAAUUAAGCCAGUUAGAAGAAUUAUACCUGACGUCUUCCGUUUGCUCACAGUCAUCCAAGAUUAACGCGGUGUGAGAUGCCGGUCUUUUCUCAGCUUUUGCAUUCAAAAUCUCCCAUCCCUUUUAAGUAUGCAUGAGUUAGUUUUUUUGCGAACCGAAAGGAAACCUAAAUACAAAAAGAGUGGUUCAUUCAAUGUGGUUCGGCAGACAUCGUCUCCUAUUCCGGUCCCCUAUCGUCUCUAACAAGUAUUCUGAAAUUUUCUGACAUUUCUUGCAGAUGCAAGCAAGACGAUACUGUCACUUUCAUUUCAACAGAAGACAAACGGACUCAGCAUUUCAGCAUCGAAGCCUUCAGUUUCCUUGGCGAUCAUCAGUUUGUCUUCAUGCAUUGCAGAGUCAAGAUUUGUAACGCAACAGAUCCCCAGUCACGCUGCGCACAGGGAUGCCUACAGCAGCGACGUAAGAGAUCGCUGUGGACCAACCUUGGGAGAGAUGAGGAGUACAGUGUGUCUCAUGGACCUUUUAUGAGGAAAGAUGAAGAAGAACAAGUAAGGGAUGUUCAGGAUUCUACAGACGACUUACUCAAGAAGGAUAUCAAAGGUAAACCAUUAAUAAUCAACUACCGUAAAUUGCAGUUCAUAACCUAUUGGGGCCCCCAGUUAUAGGCCCAUGUGCCUGUAAUCAACAAGAUGGUACGCUCGGUUAUAAGCUUGUCUCAAGCCUUUGUUCCAAAUGUGUUGAAAUGACCUCAAAUUCAGAUUCAAAUUCAAUUCAAUGAUUCUUUUACAUUAUGACGUUUCGACGAUUGGAAAAAAAUAAACAAAGCAAGUUACUGGAAAACGCAUUUUGAUCAGCACUGGUAGAUUGUUUCGAAACACUUUUCUAUUCCGUUUAUGAGACUUAUGAAUCCCUCGCGAAACACCUUACGAAGAUGUAUUAGCCCAGUUCGUAUAAAAUCAGUGAAAGGUUCCGGCAAUUCUGCUUUUUUACAAAAAGAUCAACUUUGCUACUUGAAAAGAGCAGAAAAAUUAACUUUCUGUAUUUAUUUUUUAUAGAACAACAUGCAAAAUUGUUACCUUUUUUGUUAAUGCUAGUCGACCAGGUGAAAAGAUAAAAAAGGUACCUUUUUAGAAAAAAAAGGCGAGUAUUUUAAGCUUUGGGGUGAAAAUAUUUUAACGUCAAUAUUGUCCGCUUUUCAUCCAUUUCUCACUUUACCAAACAAAACUUUAAAGCGCGAAAAAGGUACCUUUUUUGCGGUUUAGAAACGUUCCUAUCAAAAGAGCAAAAAGGCACCUUUUUUGCGGUUACAAGCAAUCUCAUCAAAAGUGCGAAAAAGGUACCUUUAAAAAUAAAUGAUGUUUCAAUUAAAAUCCUACUGAUUGACAGAUGUCAAGCAACCGUUGGCGCCCCUAACGAACGAUACACAGACGUUUUUAGGGGACUCUAUGUCCCGUUUCUACAAUCGAAUUUCGCAGUCCUGAAUCUAAUUAAAACGAGCAAAACCCAUCUUGACUGUAUGGGAGGCUAUUCCUCAGUGGCCCCGGCUAUUUAACAGAAAUAGCUCGGACGCGCAAUAUUAUAAGUAUAGCGUCCUGCAUUAUUGGCAUAUUUUCCGAGUUACGUACGUGGACGAGGGUCACUAUGAGGAAUCAUCGUACUAAAAAAAAUAGCCGGCUCCUUUUAGCCGAUCAAAAUUGAGAAACUAGACUGAAGAGAUCGGAAAAUACUGGCUACCAUCCAAAUGGAUGAAAUAUAUAGCUACUGGUUCUUUCAAACUAGAUGCAUGUGGAGGACCUAAGCAAGCCGGCCCAUUUUUAAGCGUUGAGCGAAGACUUAAAAAAAGUCCUAUAUGAAAAGUCGAACCAUUUUAAUCUGCGAAAAAAAAUAUAUCAGAUUCUACGUCGAUCUACGACAAACAGCAGAGAAGUGUUUUUUCCUUUUAAGUCUAAACUGAGCGGGUUAUCAUAAUAACUGUUUUGUUUUGUGGGUGCCUUUUUUCACUUCUGAACGAUGGAAUCCACUUCGUAUUCGGUCAGGCGUCUUAUCCCAUAUUUAGCACAAAACAAUCGCACGUUUCUUUCUGAAAAGCCUCUUGUUACUUCUGGAAAUUUUUGGUUGAGAAUUUCACUGACAUGUUUGUACGUUUUAUUGUCUUCAAUGAGAUUCCUUAUUAAAGUAACAUUGCUUUCCAUAUAUUCCGCCAUAUUUGUCUCUUGACCAGUGGGUCAGUCAAUUCAAGCAAAACAAAUGGCGCCAAACGGUUGACAUCUGUCAAUCAGCAGGAUUUGAAACGGCUUUCAAAUAUAGUUUGCAAACGCCAUUUAUUUUUAAGGUUCCUUUUUCGCACUUAUGAGAACAUCGCUUCCAACCCCCAAAAAGGUACCUUUUUUGCUCUUUUGAUAGGAACGUUUCUAAACCGCAAAAAAGGUACCUUUUUCGCGCUUUUGAAGAGAUCGCUUCAAACUGAAAAAAAGGUACCUUUUUUGCGCUUUAAAGUUUUGUUUGGUAAAGUGAGAAAUGGAUGAAAAGCGGACAAUAUUGACGUUAAAAUAUUUUCACCCGAAAGCUUAAAAUACCCGCCUUUUUUUUCUAAAAAGGUACCUUUUUUUAUCUUUUCACCUGAUCGACUAGCAUUAACAAAAAAGGUAACAAUUUUGCAUGUUGUUCUAUAAAGAAUAAAUGCAGAAAGUUAAUUUUUCUGCUCUUUUCAAGUAGCAAAGUUGAUCUUUUUGUAAAAAAGCAGAAUUGCCGGAACCUUUCACUGAUUGUAUAAGCAGCAGUUUCCUUUGAAUCAACUUAUGUCCCCCAUUCUCAUGCUCUUGCAAGCCGGAAUGUGACGAAUUCUAGAAUUGGCCUUAAAAGUAAAAAUUAAAAUGUUAGAAACACUAUUUACACUAAUUAUAAUUUCGUGUUACAGGUGAUGAGAGCAAUCCGACUUUAAUCAUUGCUAUGGCCUUGACCAGCGCGAUAUGUGUGACUGGGAUGACAUACAUGCUGUGGUCAAAGAAAAAACAAACCAAAUAUGGCUACCGUCCGCUAACACAAACAAAACUUGACUGAUACCUGAAGGCACAAGUUUCAUCUGAAGCUAAUUUUAGUUGCUAAGUUUUACAGAAUGUAAAGAAAGAAUUGUAAAGUGAAUUGAAUUGGUAAUUGUGUGGGGCGGAGUUGACCAGAGUGGGGUGGAGCGGGGAAUGCUUUGCAUCAGUUUAAUUGCAUGGAAGAAAAACAAACAAACAAACAAAAAAUACCGACCGUUUUGAGAUUAUUACUUGUGGCAAUCGUCUUCUCAUAAAAGAAUCGUUAUGAAUAGUAAGUUCUCUUCUUAAUUGAUAAAGAGAAAGAUUGACCGCUAGAAGAAUUAUUGAACAGUCCUUACAGUAAAUAGUUAAACCCUGCUGAAAUUGCCCUCCUCCACCCUACCCAACCAUGCACUCUAACCUCUCAAAAGCAAGGAAUAAAUCCACUAAUUAUUUUAUAAGGGGUCCAAGUUGUGUGCGCAAUUUUGAUGGUUAAAAUUACAGGAUAGUUGUAUGCAAGCUAAAACUUCUUCCAUCUGGUCUGAUAAUCUUCCCUUGAAGGGUGAGGAUCCUCCCUCAAGACAUGAAAAACCCCUGCUUGUAACAUUAUUUUUAGUGUUUUUAUUUUACUUCUGACAAGCUUCUUGUCGACUUCCUCUCAGUGUUAUAGUUAAUGGUAUUUUAAUCACAGGAUUGGGCAUCCUUUUUCCUCGUCAAGCAAGGGCUGAAGGGGUGGUUAAUCAGUUAAUCGAUCUUUUCCACGAGUCCUCUUACAUGUAAAGGUUUUUUUGGCCUUUGAAAUUGUUUUUCAAUCGAGGGAUCAAGUACCUUCUGAUCCAAAUUAAGUAUGGCGGGUUUGCGCGGCCUGACAGCAUGCUUCCGCUCGAGUACAGGUGAUGCCCCCUCUCCCCCCCUUUUUUUUUAUAUCCCUUUUGUUUUGAUCCUUCUCUUCGGUUAGCCCUUUCCCUGGAGCUUCGUGAGGUUCUGCGAGGCAAUUGUUUUUAUGGAGUUUAUUGCAUUGUAUUUAUUCAUUUGCACCAUGCACGGUAUAUAAUUUUACUGACUAUUAUUGUGUUAAUAUUAAAAAGUCAUAAGUACUUAAUGGAGCAGGAACUCUAUCUCUAUCGACGAGAUAGCUUCAGAUCUAUCGAUGCAGAAUUAAAUAAAUAACACUUCUUACUGCACAGGUGUAGUGCAUCUUGACUUAAACUCCACCCUUCUAUGUCAGUAAGCCUUUAACUCAGCCACAACUGCUUUUCUGUUUUUACUUUUAACAGUUCUAAGACAAAUGAACCCACUGAAAACAUUCAUAACGGACAAUACAUAUUGAUAAACAAUUCCUUGAUCUGAAAUUUACCGUAUCCUUCAAUGCUUUCCAAGAUCCAACAGAUCUACUCGGUGUUUGACUUGCACAAAUACGAGAAUAAAGACGAGACAUAGUAGAGUGUUUCUUGCUACUUCUUGAGUAAUUAGUUUUCCUUUUCCUAUUAUCAGGCUGGGAUUUAACAAGGCCAGGCACCGCUGGGUUUGUUUAGAACAGGGGCACCCAGCGAGAAUAUAGUUCAAAACCACUUAAACAUAGCAUUGUUAAACUUAUUUUAGUAUUUAAACAGUAGAUAUAGGCAUAUUUUUAUCCCCUAAAAAUUUUUCAUCUGUUCGGAUUUCCUAGCUGAAAGUCUAGUGAUCCGAAAAUUAUAGGGAUCAAAACUUACCUUUUCGAAAAUUUCAGCCAGAGCUGAAAGGCUCCCGAAAAUUCUAGGUGACGUUUUAACAGUAAAAAUCCGUUAAAAAUGGGCAAUAAUAGUAGUUUUUAGAUGUUCGAAAAUCUUAGGAGAGGCUAGCCUCCCACGCAGGCGUUUUUAGGGGAGCUCGUAUUUCUUCCCUCCCCACAAACGCCUGCUCAACGGAAAACAACAUUCCUUUCUCAUUGUUUUAUUUGCGUGGUAGGUGACCAAUCAACAAUUGUGCAAUGAAGUGUUGACAGGCUAAACACGACUGAACGUGACCUUAGAGUUACCGUUUUCCUUCUUUUCUUUCCUUCGCUAAGGUUAUGCAGUGCACGGAGUAUUCUGAAUUUUGACUAAAACUUAUUUUUGCCGCUCUGAAUCUAACAUUUAUUGCAGGUCAGAAAGCUUUCCCAGUGUUUAAUGCAGAUCGAGUAAUUAUCAUAUUACCUUGCGGUCAAGGUCAACUUUCCAGAAUUUGGAAAGUACAAUGUGAUUGGCUAAGCUUGGGAAAGGAAUGUUGUUUUCCGUUGAGCAGGCGUUUGUGGGGAGGGAAGAAAUACGAGCUCCCCUAAAAACGCCUGCGUGGGAGGCUAAGGAGAGGCAGGCAAGCAAGAAUUUUACAACAAAUGUUCCGAAAAUUCUAGGUGUCAAAUCGUCUUCCGAACAGAUAUUUUCCGAAAAUUGUCGUUGGGUGCCCCUGUUAGAACUCCGAUUUGGUUUCAGAAAAAUUUUACCAAUACCAUCAUAUGAUCAUUUAACGAUUUCUUGUUUGCUGCUUUCCUUUUAAUCCACCAUAUUCACAUAGUAAUAAAGAAUACUAUACCUUGUUUACCGCACAAAUUUUAUGCCUAAGCCUUGUUUUCAGUUUCCCUUGGAAAACCUGAGUACCCUAGAAAAACUGAAAACAUUAUGGUUAUGCAAAAUAUUGAAAAGUAAACAAGGUGCAUUAUGGGAAAUGUGAAAAUGGUAAAUAUCUUUAUUUAAAACUGAAUCAUUGGAUAAUGCAAUUCUAGAGCUCUGACUGGCUUAGCGAUCAUAGUAUAUGAGCCAUUAUACCACGAUCUCCAAACAUGGCAACUGUACGCGUCUCCUCAAAAUUAAAAACAAGCUUCGUCGGAAAAACUUUUUUUUUUUUUACAAAUACAGUUGGGCAAAAUUCUCGAUAUUUUGUGGGCGUUUUUAAUAAAACAGUUAUUCCACUCGCGCUUGUUGGAUAUGAGAUGAUUGCAGCCGACAAGGCGCUUUAUCCAUCAUCUCAAAUCCAACCAGCACUCGUGGAAUAAUUGUUAAAUAAGAUUUCAAUAUGGCGAAGAAAGUGAAUCGCCUGGCUACGACAUUAUCCUGACUGUACUAUUAUUCUACUACUACUGUUGCGACUUUUAUUGACUACAUUUAGGGCCAAACGUUUGUUGCACAUAGGACCUUCAUUACAUUUACGGCCAAAACGUAUUACACUUAUAGGACCUUUAUUACAUUUAGGGUCAUUUGCUACAUUUGAGGCCUUACAUGAAGCACUUACCAGAACGGCAAUUUAAGGAUGAUGGUAUUUUCCGCAAUGGCCUAUUUUGAGCUGCUGUCGUCAGAGUGUAACGGUAUAGUUCGAUAUAGUUAUUAAAGUACCCAAAACAUGUACAAAAAAAGUUGCUCUUAAAAAAAUUCUUAAUCGUAUUCUCUUUCAAUGGUCGUGUUUUCGUCCUUCGAUCGGUUCGCUCUUAGAACUCUUUGCCAUUCCCCAAGAAUUCACGCCCCUCAUUUGUUUUAAUAUGGUUAGACUUCGAAUAGCGCUUAAUGCCUCGCUACACACGAUUAAUCUUCAGUCUUUUUAGGAGCUCUGCCAUCUGCCUUGCGAGUCGCAAAUCAGAUGUGGUUUAAAAAUUUAAGUUGAAACGAUGCGACACUUUUUCGGCUGAUGAACGUAAUGGAAUAAUCAGUCUCUCUAUGCCAGGAUCUGUAUGAAAAUGCCACACAGACCGCUGGCUCUUAAAUGCAAGACAAACACGAAGACAAUUAAAUCUAUGUGGACCAAUAUCAGGCUUCUACUUUCCGAAUAAUUAAAUAAACAGGAAAAUUGAUUACACCUUAAUUCUUUAUAUAACCAGCUCUUAUCGUCAGUGAUUCCACAGGCCCAUCAGUUGGAAGUUGCUUCAACCACUAUAAAUUCAUUAAGUUCUUCUUUGGGAAAAGGAAAGCUCCAAGUAGGUAAGGUUUUCCUUAAUUUUUUUCUAAGCAGAAAGAGUCGCUGAUCUUUUUGAGGUCAAGUCAGUGUAGUAUACUCUCUCACUAUAACAGUGUUCUGAAGGUAUAUGUUCAGUGACGUUCGGAAGUUCCUGAAUGAAAAAGGUCUAAGUUUUUCAACGUAAGACUAUGCGGAUGCCACUGUCUUCAGGCCCGUGCGGCUCACCGUUUUCAAAUUUUAUAUAUUUUAUAGCAAAAGUCGUUAUUCACAGCGUUGAGGACUCAGAUGGGUUUUGAGUUCCACGAAGCGGAAUUCCAUCGGAAUUGUUGAAGAAUCAAUAAUUAUGUUUUGAGCGCAGGAUUUCAUUGCGUCAGUUGGAUUACAGAACCAACCGAACUUAUCAUCGGAGCUGAUUUAGCACUGAGGGCCGGGUGAUUUAGAUUUAUUACAACAUCAUCAGUGACUUCGAAUAAUAUCCAUAUUAAGUUUUUUUCUCGCCAUACAGAUCAAAUUGGCAAAAUCGAGUACAAGCUUCAACAGUCAAGAGUAACCGAGUCACCUUUAAUAUACAUCACUAACAAUUUGCGGGAAUCCUCCCCCGAGCUACGAGAGAUUGUGCGAUACACGUACAACCAGUAUAUUAUGAAUUUUUCGUAACAAACUCACGUGAACACCAAAAAGGACUCGGCAGUAUAAACUUUCGUUAUCAGUCCGUAAAGUGUUCUUUCUACCUACUGCAUGCAAACUUCUGUCCUGCUUUGGUUGAGAAAUACACACAGCUUCUUUAUAUCACUUACUGAAUUCUUUUUGUUGAUUUCAGUUCGUACAAUUCUUCUGACGUUUCAGUUUUCAUGUUUUUCUUGAGUUGUGAUGUUGAGAUCAUGCACCGUCAUUCCGGACAAUUACUGUCAGUGAUUUUACGAUGAGAGGACUUAGUUAAUGACCGGAUGAACUUUCUCAAAACAGGGAUGAAAUUGUAAAUUGACGUAAAAUCACAAAUACAUAGUACACAAGGAAAUACUUUAUUUAAUAUAUCUAUAUUAUACCCUGGCAUUUGAGUUCAACUGAAAAUCUCUCCUGCAUUUUGAACACUAUCUAAACACGAAGAACCGAACACUGAAUUGUUAAACUAAGAAACUACACAGUAAUCGCAUUACUUCUUGCUGCAAAAAUUUUUGGUUUGGGGGUACCACAGGUAGCUCAAGCUCGAAAUAUGAGCAACGACGAGCAUGGGCAUUGUUGCGUAAGAUUCAAAAUACAAGGAUUUGUAUGGGGAAAAAACCUAUACAAAACGGCCAUAAAUCGGCCCGUAGACCACACAGAAACGAUAGGUUUUUUUCCCAUACAAAUCCUUAUAUUUUGAAUGUUAAGCAACAAUGCCGAUGCUCGCCGAUGCUCAUAUUUCAAGCUUGGGCUACCUGUAGGGGUACCUUGCAAAAGAUAAAAAGCGUGAUUUCAUUCUUCUUUGUCCCUUUUAGUAACGCUUUCGAAUUCUCAACUUUUUCCUCCGGGAUGCGUUUAUAAGUGUCGUGUAGAAAACUUAUUUUUAAUCAGCGAAAGCGCUGGCGUUAUAACGAAACGGCUUUUUAAUCUCCAGGAACAAAGAAUCAAAAGUUAAAUUCUAACCUUUUUUUAAAUUUUUUUUGAUUAUUUGUUUUCAGGACUGAGAUGUGGUCAGUAGCGAUUCAUAUCCUUUUGCUUUGCCUCAUAGAGCAUGUUUGGACUCAAAGAUGUAAUAAAUUAUCAGGACCGGUCACAGGAAAUACCGUUUGCUUGAAGUUACCAAAUUAUGACCAAUACCAGUGGGCAACAUGCCUCCCAGAAAGCUACCUGAAAGAACGUAAGCACUCUUGCAAUUCCUCCGCAGCAAAUUACUGCUGGUCCCAGUGUAUGUUGGAUGUGUACAGUAAAGGGUCUGGACCAGUAAACUCAGCCUGCUCCUGUGCGCGUGGACAAACCCUCUUAUUCACUCUACCUCCAGUGUGCGCUAGCCCUCCUGGAAACUAUUGUAACUGGUACCAAGACUGCUUAGAAAGAAAACUGCAGUGUGACGAUACAAGCAACGCUUACGCCAUACGAUACGCUGAGAAGUUUUGCAAGUUGUAUGAACGGCGAAGAGAGUUGUUCAGUCCAGAGGGACAAAAAUGGGUGGAUGCUGUCCGACGCUGUCUCUUGGUCCAUUUGGUCCCAAUAUUACGCCCGUGGAUUGGAUUGACAUGUAAUCAAAUGCGAGUGGGUGUAUUUACUACUCACCGGCCGUGCUACCUGAGUCCUGAUCUAAGUAUGACAACUAUUUGCGAUUUAAAUUGCAAGGAUUAUUUGAGGGUCUUCUGGACCAUCAGAGAAUCCUUCCCAAGGUUGGAUACAGCAUGGGAGACAAUCAAAGGAUUAUGGAAUAUUGAAGACAGUUGCCCGGCAAAAAGCCAAAUUCAGCGGUGUUUUCACGGAGUAGCCGGUGGAAUGAUGAACUUCAUUACGAUUUCGGUCAAAAAGUUCAAUCGAGGAGAGCGUUCCUCCGUUUCACUUCCUGAAGCUGACGUAGGGAGUCGAUUUGCGGAUGGAAUCGGUUCAUCAAUUGCUCGGAUCUUGAAGUGGAACACGUUUGUAAUGAGCUGGGUUGCUUAUAUCCAGGGCGGCUUUGGUAGCAGCGAUGACGUAGACGUUAUCAUAGUCUUGGUGGACAGUAAAGCUCUCGGCAUCGUCACAACUUCAACCCCGUCAGUCAACUUUAACCACACCCUCUCCGAGUUUACUUCAGCUGUAGAGGAAGGAAAGCUUCCCUUGCAAGUAGAUGGCUACAACGUCUGGGUCAAGUCAUUGGCGUCAUGCUCUGAUAAAUCAUGUGCUCGGACUAAGACACUGGCAGUCUCAGAAAAUCCUCCUAAAUGGCCAGUUCCAAAUAAAGGUGCCAAAGUCUCCUGUGGUGAAGUGAAGCUACUUGAAGUAACUGCUGCUUUGUUUAUGUACCUAUCAUUUUUCUAGAUAUAUGAUUGAAAUCUCCUCUGUGAUUUGUUUUUUCCAGUGUACGCCAUAUAACAUUGUUCUCAGGGGAAUUAUGUUUCUAUGCUAUUGUUCUCAAUUAAAUUAUGCUUACAUUUACCUACAGUAGCCUGCGAGAACAGGGGUAUCUCCCACAGGUAGCCCAGAAUAGGUGCAUAAAUUACUGCAUGAUUUUGUGUUGCGUGACAUGCAUACAAGUUGCAUACCGUAACAUUCCGAAAAUAAGCCCCGGGGCUUAAAUUUUUCAAAGGCCCUUUUUGAGAGGCUUAUUUUUGGACAGGCUUAUCUACGGAGGGAAAUUUGAGUUUCAAAAUCGAUUGGGCUAGCCUUAUAUUUGGAAGGAAAUCACCGUUUUUGCUUUAUAUUCGAGGGCAAUUUCCAGGUAUAAGCCCCCCUGGGGGGAGCAUAUUUUCGGAGGGGCGAUUUAACGGAGGGUUUUUUGCGUGCGAGUUUGGGGGGCUUAUAUUUGGAGGGGCUUAUACAUGAAUGGACUUAUUUUUGGAAUUUUACGGUAGCUAACAGACUUAACAUGUAUUUCAGAACAAAACCAACAGGAACAAACAUUGCGUGUCCUAAAAAAAUGCACUUUCUGUGAGGGUCAAUGUAUUUAGCACGACUAAUUGAGGACACAUUUACGUCUCUUACUGGAGACGGGACCGCCAUUUUACGUGGUCAUCCGAGCCACGCGAAGGUCUAGCCACUUGCAGGGCAAAGGAAGUACCUUCAUUUCUCAGUCAUUUUAAGACCCCCAGUGUUGCUCCGGUACCGAGAAUCGAACCCGCGACCUCCCGCUCUGCAGUCAAGCACUCUACCGACUGAGCUAAUUUUGCUUGCCUACACACGUGUGUUACAAUCGUUCCCCGACUCCUCACGCUUUUCUAAUCUUGCUGGUCUAUAACAAUAUCAAAAAUUCGAUACUGUUUUGCAUAUUACAUAAAAGGUAAAUAGUCCUUAAUUUACGUCUCUAGCUCGAGAUAGUCAUAAGCUAUUAAAUAAAACUACACGGAAAAAGUCGAAAGAAGGAUUUGAUGCCACACCUGGGAAUCAAACUUGGGACCUCCCGUACAGAAGGCUGCUCUAAUCCUUGCUCCUCCUUGCAUAGUUUAUUAGUCAUAUAUAGACUUUGCUGAGAAAUUUAAAACUGUUGUCAAAACGUAGAAAUAAAGGCAUAACUGUAGAAGUACACUUACCUGGUUUGUUGAGUAACUGGGCUCAUUCAUAGCCAUUUUCUAUGUUAUGGCGGCUCGUUGUUUGUUCGGUGUUUUUUCCGACGUAAUGCGAAGGAAGACGUUGAUUAUUGCGUUUAACUUCGACUCACGCAAACAUUUUGCAUAUGCUCAUGUCAUUGGCUAACUCCAUAGACGCCAGCACUUAUGAUAGCUGAAAAUUAUGCGCUACAUUUCCAAAGAUCCAGCCAGUCUGUAAGUGUCACCUAAAUUUUCCUCACGCCUGUACUGACGAGAAAGAAGCCGAGAUGUUACAAGUAGCCACUGGCAAAUCUUCGAUUACGGGCGGCCCAAUCUUAGUGGGAGAGUUUAAUCAUUAAUACACGUGGCUUCUGAUUGCAUAAUCCUUAAAAUGGCCGUGAACAUAAAGGAUUUGUAUGAGGAUUCAGGUAUAAAGCGAUUCAAGAAUAUGAAACCAAAUGCAUUAAUGAUUAAACGCUCACACUGAGCUUGGGCGGCCCGUGCGUGUCCACGUACCCUUCGGAUGCAACCGACGGUAUUUACAGUAGAAACCUGCGAGGUCAAUUACUCAAGCGUGGUCUCGGAUUAUGCAAGAGAGAAUAAAUUUAGAUUAUUCUCUCUUGGUUUCUGUGUUUAAAAAUUGUAGUGAGUACGUUUCAUCGUUUGGGAACACCAAUAGGACCGCUGUGAGGUCAUGUGGAAAGUGCGAGGUGAGUGAUCAUUAUUUGUUGGGGGUCAGUGAUUGUUAUUGCGGCUGGCCCAGGUGAGUGUGAUCUUUAUGGGGAUAAUAGGUCAAUAGGACGUUGAACUGCACAGUGAGCUUUUAUCGGACACUUUUCAUCGGCAGUUUGGCAAAGCUUUUUUAACCGAGGACGAAUCACUGCCUUCUCCUACCGCCCUCUAGCAUGCGAAAACAGCCGUUUCUCCUGGCUCUUCGCCCCGGAGCGAGGAGAAACGGCUAUUCACUCGCCCUCUCCCCCAUCGUUUUCUGUUUCGACCUCAGUUAGUUUUUCGCGCGGCUGUAAUUCUUACUUAGCAAAACACCAAGUAACAAAAACUCCACCCAAAAGCCUCCUCCAGCUACCACUCAGUAAAAGGAGCGUGUCGCCGAAAAAAGAGAGAGCUUGGGGACAAGUGCCCAGGUACUCCCGACUAUCGACCCAAAAAUGGCGGACAACACGCAGCGGAAUUUGAAGGAGGAUAAAAAUGCUUUGAAAACGCCUUCCAGUGACGGCAACGGUGCAGUCACCAGCGAUAAUAAAAAGAGUAGAUUAGAGAGGCGAGUAAACAUUGGAAUCUGCAGGGAAUCUCUUUUUUUAACAAUGGCAAUGUGUAUGGAAAUGUUUCCUGAACCUGCACCUCACCCUGAAUCUGAUUCGCCUAAAACAGUCGAUCAAUCAUCAAACUCGUACAGAAAAAUUGGUUGCGUUCUUGUUCAUCAAAAGGGGUACAUUGUUGCAGUUGAUCGUAGUCGUGAAGGCGUCCAUGGAGUAGCUCGUUUGCUUGUCAAACAUCAUGACAAAACUGUGGGUUGCAGUGUGUACAUAUCCCGGAAGCCAUGUCCGUAUUGUUCUAAGCUGUUAGCGAAGUCUGGGGUAACUUCCAUCACAUAUUCGCCAGCUGAAACCGAGUUUUACAAUGAAAAAGAAGAAAGGCGGGUAGAUACCUUGCUUAAUGCUUGUGGAAUCACUCAAACCGUUCUUGUGCCUCAAAUGAAGGGUUAUUCAGGAACAGUAACACCAACCGAGGAACAACAACAGUCAUUUACUAAAGGAAUACCUUUUAGUGACACUCAAGAGUACACGGAGAAUGUUUUAAGAAGAUUCUGGAGUAAGGAACGCGUGAGACAUUUAAUAUGUGAAUCCACUGAACAAACCUACAGUCAGUUUGAAAAUCUUGUCAAGUGGAUGGCCCAAAUCCAUAUCUCAUUAACUUGUUCUAAGUUAAGGUGUUCUGGUUAUGACUUCACUGGAGAGAGAGAACUUGGAUCAUUUGAUCCUGAAAAUAAUCUAUACCAGGAGCAGAUAGCAAAGCACCUGCUUGGAUUAGCAUCGAUGACUAUUCAAGCCACCGUUGAGCCAAAAACUGGAGUAGGAUGUGUAAUCUUGAAGGGAGACGAUGUAGUAGCUAUAGGUUGGAAUGAUUUUCCUUCUCAGAAAAUUGAAGAAGAGUUUCAUGAUUCCUCUGAUCUUGAAAGGGACAACAAGUAUCCUUUCUUUGUUCAUGCAGAACAAAAUGCACUUCUCAGGUGUAACAUUGCAGACAUCUCAGGAAGUACUUUAUUUGUGACCAAAAUGCCAUGUCAUGAAUGCACACCUUUAGUGAAGGUUGCAGGUAUUGGGACUGUUGUAUUGGCAACUUCUCUGGAACCAAUAACAGAAAAAUAUAAACUCAAUUAUGAAGUGUUUCGACAAGAGGUCCGUAAAGGUAGUUUCGUUUGCUAUGAACUGAUCUGA